AUGCGGUCCCACUUGUCCUACAGGAACAUGUGUCAUUUUAACUCCGGCUUCUUCUAUCGCCAUCCUCUCCUGCAGCAAUUCAAGUGGUACUGGCGCGUCGAGCCAGACGUGCACUUCAGAUGCGACGUCAGCUUUGAUCCGUUCCGGUACAUGGAAGACCACAACAAGGUGUACGCAUUCACGAUCACGAUGUACGAGUACUUGGCGACUAUCCCCACACUGUGGGCAACGGUCAAGGAGUUCGUGGGGCUGCACCCGGAGUACGUGAAAGAGAACAAUGCCAUGAACUACAUGAGCGAGGAUGGUGGGGCGACGUAUAACCUGUGCCACUUCUGGUCCAACUUCGAAAUCGCGAACAUGGACUUUUGGCACGGAGAGGCUUACUCGCAGUUCUUCGACUACCCCGACUCGAAGGGCGGGUUCUACUACGAGACACAGGUAUCAAGCACAGCAGACUUAUGACUGGAAACGAGCGACGUUACGCUAGCUCUGAGAUGCCAUCCAUUACAUAUCCUGUUCACUGUUCCGAAGAUCAGAACGACAAACGUAGCU